AUGCGAUCUGACUGCAUAGGUUAUGCUCUGGAAAAUCCUUACAGGUUCUCUUCGCUGCGCCACCCAGAUUGGUGCCUUUGGAUUGACUCGGGCAGAGAAGGGCGUCUCGCGAUGUGGACGGUAUAUGAAAGUCUUUUCAAGACUCCCUCGUUACCAUAUUCGCCGAUGAUCGAUCCUUCCUUGCCUCGUUGCCUAUGGUCCUUCUGCAACGUUAUCAUUAUGCCAUACGAAUCCAGGACGUGCAUGUCAGAUAACCCUUCGAAUCGCCACUGUCCAGGCGUCUGA